AUGCACAACAGAGGCCCUUCCAAGACAGCAGAUGUCCCUGACGGAACGGGUAUUCAGAAUCCAUUGAUUGGAGAUCGAGCCUGGUUCCACCGGUAUGAUCCCUCUUCGCCACCCAUCUACAUCGGCGAGGCAGCAUGUUCAGCAUUCGCAACAAGGUUUCGGCGUUUCUUGUCGGGGAAUAGCGCAAUGCCACAUAUUCCCCGAACACAGUAUGAGCGCGAAGAGACAAUCGCCGCAGCGAACGAAGCCGAUGUCCAGUGGCCGAGUCUUCACCAUGCUCGGUUGCUAGUCCGGAUAGCAAUUCACCAGAUCGGACAUCUGUACCACCUCAUGAUGCGCAAGUCGACGUUAGAUAAACUCGAAGAGAUCUACCAGACACAAGACUUUGACUGCACGGCUAACAAGUGUAAAUUCUUCGCCCUGUUCGCCUUCGGCCAGGCGUAUUCAAUCCGAUCUGAGCCCAAUUCUGGCUCCAGGGUACCAGGCACGUCAUACUUUGCUCGAUCAAUGGGGUUGGUCCAGAUCCUGCCGGAGAGAACCAGUGUUACACACUUGGAAACACUGCUAUUGUUGUCUCUCUUUUCAUACUAUCUCAACCGGCGCCAUUCUGCGUACAUCCUGAUCGGAAAUGCCAUGCGGAUGGGUUUGACCAUCGGCUUGAACCACAAUAUCCCAGAAUCACAGCUAAUCGACCCAGUGGAGCGCCAACACCGCAUCCAAAUAUGGUGGACAAUCUACAUCUUCGACCGGAUGUGGGGGUCCAAAAUGGGUCUCCCAAUGCAAAUCCUCGAUGAAGAUAUCCACGUCGACAUGCCAUCAACCAUCUCCCCGCGCUGGCGUCACGAAGAAGAACUCUCCGAUUCGGAAUACAUGACCGCCAACAUCAAGCUGGCACGCAUAGUCGGCGAGACAAUCACCCGACUAUACAGCCGGCGAGGGUACCAAGAGACCUUCCUCCAGCGCGUCCAGAGACUCCUCAAAGCCCUGAAAAACUGGGUAGAAACACUCCCGGAAUCCCUCAGACUGAACAUGGAAGAUCUGGAAUCGAGCAAGAAACCCGUCGUCUCCCUCCACAUGGCCUUCAACCAAUGCGUCAUCCUAACUACGCGCCCAACGUUACUGCACCUCCUGAUCACACUAAGUAAAAAAAGCAAACCCCAUAGCGAUACCAAUAAUACCAGUGGGGCCGAGACCGAAAGGGAGAGCGAAGACGUAUCCGUUUCCCAGCCCGUCCUUACCCUAAGCGAAGCAUGUAUCCAUGCAGCAAGGCAUUCCCAUUCCAUGAUCCUAACACGGUGGAUCAACGGGUCCAUGCCGACCUUCGGUUAUUUCCACGCCCACUACCUCUUCUCCUCGGCGUUGAUCUUGGCAAUGUCUAGCUUUGUUCCGAUCGGCAGUCCGACUGAUAUGACCGGGUUCGACUCCGCGCUGGAUCUGCUGCGCUCCAUGACCGAGAAUGGGAAUUUGGCUGCCGCGGAAUUCUAUCAUAAUCUCGAGCAGGUGAAGGUUUGUUUGGCUGCGUAUCGGGGAUUGAGCCGGUUCGAAGGGAGUACCGAUGUGGCUGCUGGAGGAGUGGCUUCUACAUGUAAUACCAGUGCUAAUGCUAGUGGUAAUGCUCCCUCUAGUGCUGGUGCGCUACGUUUGUCCGGGUCUUCGUCGGAUUUAGCAGCUACUACUCCCUCUUUGAACACCUUGGCACUGAACCAAUCGACUUCUAUACCCGCACCCUCGUUAAUACCCGCCACACAUCAUGUCCUUGCUUCGGCCACCACAGCGCCUGUUCACAGCCAUGGCAUCGAUGCAUAUGCCUAUCCCUUGAGGGACACCGUCAGUGGGUACACGACCGAAAUGGCGUUUCUAGAGCCGACCAUGCAAGAUUUCCUGGCGCAGUCAGAUAUCGACCUUGGCCUGUUGCAUCCUGUUGAUACGUUCUUCAACGAGGCGGAGAAUAUAUAUACAUGUCAUGAGUUCUGA